GAAUGAAUGACCAGAAUCAGAUUGAAUUUAGUGAGUUGAAACGUUGAAUGUACUAUCAUCAUCCUCCCAGUCGAAAUAAAGUCAAUGCAACUCUUCCAGAGGAAAAAAAAAAAAGAAGUUUGAAAGGAAUGCAUGCGACGAACUUCCGGAAACGACAUAUUAUUUGCCGUUGUGGCGUGAAAUCUAGUGGAUUGUUUCCCCUUUCUCAACUGCACGGCUAUUUCUUCCUUAUGUGUGACGUUCUGGUUGCUGGGGAAGGGAAGUUGUAGGGAAGCCGGCGGUUGGAGAUAACCGGUUAUAGUUUUUGAAUGAUUUAAAAAGCAUGACCUGUAGAGGCUAAUUGUGACCACCAUGUGGUCUGAGCAUACAGGCCUCUUCUGUAAGACCAGAGCACCAUGUCAGAGAGGGAGCGGGAAGCCAGAGCGGAGGCGCCGCAGACGCAGGCGGCGGGGGACGACGGGGCAGGAGUCGCCCUGGAGGACGCGUUUAAGCUUCUGUCCCUCGCCCAGAGAGACCGGCUGCUCAGCCUCACCCUUGAACCCAGCCGCAGCCGGGCGGAGGUGCUGGUGCGCGCCAUGUCCCUGAUCGAUUUGGGGAAGGGGGACGAGGCGCUUGAAAAGCUCCGGCCACUGGGGGACGUAGGGGUGGCCAGAAGUCUCGCCGAAAUGCUGGAGAGGCACGGCGGCGGGCCGGAGGCCGCCCCGCGGGGCGGAGGGGUACAUCCGGAGCCGGGAGUCGAUGCCGCGAUAGAGCUGGCUGGAAUAUUCCGGGUGUUGGCCGAGGAGAAGUUGUGCCAUGAGUCACGGCGCGAUAAGGCGUACCAGGCUGCGCUCUGGGCGUGUUCCCGUCAAACUGGAAACGGGGAAGGGCGCGGAACGCUGGAGAGACUCGUGCAGGAGGCCAGGGAGGUGUGCGGCUCAGAUUUCGGCGUUAGGUCCUCCACGGGGGCUACUUCCUACCAGGAUGGAGAAACACUAAGCGCCCCCGCGGGGCUGUGCUCGUUCUCUCCCCUGGGGGGCAGGGAGUCUGGCGGGGCGUCCGCGGCAGUGAGGAUACCAAGCAGCCGGGGCAGUGAACCAUCCGGGACGGAGGUUACCAGCAGCCCCCCGUCCUCCCUCCGAACCGUGCCCUGCAGCUUGCAAUCCUACCCCAGCCACCUGGAGGUGAGCGUGUCUCCCACCGCGCUGUUUGACGUGCACCACGCUACUCGGGACGUGCAGGACCCCAGGUCGCCGUUGCCCCAGGUGGACUCGAGCGUGGAGCUCCAGGAGAGGACCCUGACCCCCGGACCCCCCAGCGCCCCGGGGGGGGACGUUGCCCCUGGCUGCUCUCCCACCCGAGUGGGAACUCGGGAGCACAGUGCACAGUGCUUCCCCCUAGGGGAGAAGCUGAGCGCAAGCGUGAGUCUACGAGUGGCUCCGCGUGGAUGCGCUCCGCAACAGGGCCCUCUGUCAGUGCAGCCGGGCUCCGCGGGGUUAAACCACGUAACGGACCACGGCAAAAACUCAGGAACCAGUCUGAUCUCGACGCCCGCGAGCGCAGAAACGAAAGCCGGCCCCACGUGGGACAGCCCCCCGGAGCGGCCUGGCAAAACCGCGGAACCCUCGCCGUCCGCUUCAGCUUCCAUCAGCGAGGACCGUCAAUCUGAGAGCCAGGGAAAACACGGGAAACAGGAUGACGAUGAGGAAGAGGAGGAGUUCUUCUCGUUUGUCAUCCUUCACUCCCCAAAGGAUGUGGAACUAGCCGGUAGGCUGAGGGAAAGGCUCGAGGGUCUAGACGUCGGUCUGGGCGCAACGUUCUCCCAGGAUUUCGCCAUGCCCGGGAGACAUCGGCUCAGCUGCGUGGACGACGCCAUCAACAACUCUGCCUUCGUCAUUCUCCUCCUCUCCCGGAACUUCGACCGGCGCAUGCUGGAGUUCGAGACCAACUGCGCCCUCACCAGCUCCCUGGAGAACCGUCACAAGUACAACAACGUCAUCCCUCUGCUCCCCAGCGAAAACGCCCUGCCCCGCGAGCAGAUCCCCGGCAGCCUGAAGAUCUUCGUCAUGCUGGAGGAGGGCGGCAGAGGCUUCGAGAAGAAGGUGAGGAAGGCCAUGGCCCCGGGCAGGAUCGAGCGGCAGAGGAGCGUGUGGAGGCAGGAGCGGAGCAUCCGGGCGCGGGAGGAGAGCAGGAGGAGGAUGCGGGAGGACAACGAGAGGAGUGCCGCCUUGCAGCGCGAGGCCGAGCGCAUGCAGAAGGAGCAGCUCAGGCACAGUCUCUCAGAGCAGCAGAGAGCGCUGGAGCAUUACUGGGCUCUGUGGAACGCUCAAGCCGGCCAGGUCCCCGCUCCGGGAGUGCCCCCCUUUCCAUUUUACGUGCCGAUGUCUCCACGUCCUCCAGAAGGAUUCCCGAGUCUGGGCGGGCCCUUCCUACAGCCCAGCAUCCACAUCGAGAACGCCAGCUGCAUCAUGAUUGGCAAUGACUCCCAGAUGACAGUGGGGAUGGGCGGGGAGAGGGAGGAGAAUGGCCCCGGCCACGGCCCCGGCCCUGGCAGAGACCCCACAGACCGAUUAAGCUGAAUUAGUUUAAUUUGGUGUCGUCAUGCUGGCACCCACACCAGCCCUUUUUGGACAGGACACCUGCCUCAGAGGACCUGUUUUAUUUCAAUCUUCUCAUUGUUCUGGGUUUUUAAAUUUUUUUAUUUUACUUCCGUUUCACUGGAAAAGCCACAGCUUGAUGGAGGUUGGGUUCGGUCUGCAGGUGUUCUCAUGUUCUCAUUUCUCUUUAAUCAAAUACAGUAACAGAAAAAUGAUAAUUCUGUUGCACCCAUGUUAGUUUUUACAUUUUAGUCUGGAAAUUAUGUCUUCUGAGUUCUAGGACAUCCGCACAGCUGUUGGGCCCUUGAGCAAGGCCCUUAACCCUGCAUUGCCCCAGGGGAGGAUUGUCUCCUGCUAAGUCUAAUCAACUGUACGUUGCUCUGGAUAAGAGCGUCUGCCGAAUGCCAAUAAUGUAAUGUAAUGUAUACAAUCAGUGAGCACUUUUAGGUAUGUAUUAGACUUAUUUUAUUACUUAUUGGUCUUUUGCUGCUGUAGCCUGUCCACUUACAGGUUUUACACGUUGUGUGUUCAGAGAUGCUCUUCUGCAUACCACUGUUGUCAGCUUUGACCAGUCUGGCUCUUCUCCUCUGACCGGUCUCAUUAACAACACGUUUUUGUCAGGACAACUGCAGCUCACUGGAUGUCAUUUGUUUUUCACACCAUUCUCUGCAAACUCUAGAGACUGUUGUGUGUAAAAAUCCCAGGAGAUCAGCAGUCUAUAAGAUACUCAAACCACCCUGUAUGGUACCAACAAUCAUUCCGCAGUCACUUCGAUCACAUUUCUUCCCCAUUCUGACAUUUGGUAUGAAAAACAUCUGAACCUCUUGACCUGCAUGACUGUAUGCACUUAGUUACUGACACGUGAUUGCCUGAUAAAAUAUUUGCACUAACCAGCUGGUUUACAGGCCUACCUAAUAAAGUGAUAACCGAGUCUAUAUGACCAAAUGGAGAUGUACCAUAGCAGUCGCUACUGGUAAUUGAAAGCAACAAGAGAGUUCUAGAACACUGACUUAGAAUUCUGACUGGGGAAAAAAACAUUCCAAAAAAACUGGCUGAUUAAAUAUUUACAUUAACAUGCUCAGUGAGUGUAGAUCGCUUAGGUACCUACAAAGCACGGUGUGAACCAAUGCAGUUGGUUCUACAUUGAAAUUUUGCUCUACACUCUGCUUUAUGCUUUUGGGAAGGCUUGAUUCUUUUUUUGUGAUUUCUUCAAGAGCAUAUCUUUUCUGAGGUGUGUCAAUCUUGAUCAAAUGCUUCUUCAAAAAAGGCUAUGUUAUGGACUUUAAGAUAUAUUGGUGUUUUCUAAGAGGGUUACCAGUGUAAAAACACUGUUCUGACCUUGGUUUUUGUAGAUUCAUUGUAUUUCAACCUGGAAACAAAAACCAAAGUGAAACAUCCCAGGUUACCUAUUACAUUAGUAAAUAAUGAUUUUACAUUCUGUGCAAUUUCUCAAGUGGUCAGAUAAAUCAUAUAAAAAAUAGUACAACAUUA